ACGGUACAUUAUUCUUUUUCCGUUUUAAACAUGUUUUGAGAGCUUUCUUCAAAACCUCUGCUAUUUCUCUCUUCUUCUGAAAUCUCCAUUUUUUUUUCCUUCAACUCAAUUUUGGCAACUCCAAUACAUGUCCAAAAUGCGAAGAGCCUCAAGGAUCAUUACCUCAUUAGUUUCAAACCUCCGCACCUUUGCGUCACCGAGUUUUGCUCUGCCCAGAAACUCCUCCACUACUUUGAUUCAAACCCCACAAAGGCAAUCUCUUCCCGGUGGCUUUCUGAAAUGGGGUUCGCUUGGUUCGGUUAGAGCUUCAAGUUUUGCCUCUGGGUUCUCGCCCUUGAAGCCCAAGCCCUUGGAUUCCAUUAUUGACAUUCAGAGGGUUAAGGAUCGCUCACCUGAGGACAUUGCUUCGGCUUGGGACGAUUAUCACUUGGGGAGAGGACAUAUUGGUGCAUCAAUGAAAGCUAGUCUGUAUCACUUGUUCGAGCAUAGAGCAGCAGAUUGCCGGUAUUUUGUCAUUCCUCUGUGGAGAGGGAGUGGUUAUGUCACGAUGUUUGCUCAAGUGCAGAUGCCACACAUGAUUUUCACCGGUCUUGAAGAUUAUAAGGCAAGAGGAACUCAAGCUACUCCCUACUUUACUAUGACCUAUUACAAUGAAUUUGCACAAAGCAAGGACAUGGUACUUAUCCGAGGCGAUGUUGUUCUCCCCAGCAAGCUCAGUGACUCAGAAGCAAAAUGGCUUCUGGAGACCACCCAAACCUUCUAUUUGAAUGACGUCAGGUAUAAGUUGGUUGAACGGUUCAACAAACAAACACAUGAUUUUGAAUUCAAGGAUGUUUUGCAAACACUGGAUAUGCCGAAUCUAUGAUUUCUCCAACAGAAAUG